AUGGCUCAGUGCCUCAAGUUGCUGUUCUGCACCCUUUUUAGAUGGAUGGACCUAUCAACAUGGAGGAUUGAUCUUCUUUUGAUGCUCUUGAAUGGGUUCCAAAAGCAAGAGGAAAGCUGGUUGUGUAAAGCCUUCCCACAGCAAGGCUCCUGGCUCCCAGCAGUCUGGGACAAGGAAGGACCACACAAGCUGAAUGCAAUCAUUCCUAUGACACUCAAGAUGGAGAGCACUGAGGAUCUUGCAGCUGCUCCUCUUGCCAGCAAGACAGAGAGCAAGGGCUCAGGCAUGGGAGAUUGUGGUAGUGAGCUCAGAAAGGAGCAGCUGGCAGAACUGUUCAAUUUGCUGGUUGAGAAAAUGGAGGCUUACAUGUUCCAGCUGAGCCUCGUCCGUGAUGCCUAUGCCCUCCAAGAGUGGGAGAUUGCUAGAGCAAGCAGCAGUAUGGAUCUAUGCCGACCAAUCAUGGUGAUGCAUCAAUUGUGGGCCUACAUGGACAUCAGUUGA